AACGGUAUAUGAGUAAAUGAUAAGAAAAUAGUGUUGAUAAAUUUUUUAGCCGGUAGUUCCAAAAUUUUGGAGUUUUUCGCGUUUGAGUAAUCGGAAAACCCAUUUUGUGUGCGCGCGGAAAAUUCUGGUGGUUGUUCGAUUCGUUGUGUGUCCGAACAUUGUUUUAGAACUUUUCUUCUGUCCUGUAAGCUUCGAAAUGGGAGUAACAAUAUUGCAGCAAUAUCCGGUGAAAGAUAAGACGGGUCCUCAAACCAUCGAGUUACUAUCCAAACGGAUUACAGCUUUAGGAGCCAAGCAAACUGGACAAUUCAUUGUUGAUUGUGAAACUCAUGUGGCAUCUUCGCCUCAAAUGGGAGGUACUCAACGUACUGUUCACGUGCUACACAACUCGGAGCAACCGGCUUCAGUGUUUUCGAUUUUGGACACCGGAACAAAAACCAUACCUGUGGUGGCUGAUACUCUAUUCGAUUUUCUUAUCGUCAAGUUGAAUACCGUGUUAGUUAAACGACAGAGGAUUGAAACCAGAGGUCCCAGAUAUGAACUUUGCGACUUUUGUAUCAAAAUUGGUAGCGUUACGAUGGGGCAGAAUUUCAAAGGUGUUUUAUUAGAGGUGGAAUAUAAACCAAGCGUAAUUCCGGGCAGUUGCUGGGAUUUUAUGAAAGAAUUUAUUCAAGGAUUUUUGGGUAACACAGCUUUAAACAUUGUCCCACAAUACCUCCAGAAUCGAAUGGAUCAAGUUUAUCAACCAAUUGACACUAUUCAACAAUACUUAGAACAUUUCAAUAUGUUUAGGAAAACUACUGGAAUUUUACAAUACCAAUGAAUUCGUAUAUUACAUUUUGUAUCAUCGGUGUUUAUAUUUUUACCUACUUCGCUUUAUUGCGAACGCUUCAUACUGAAGAAAGAGCAUUACGGUAUAAGUGGUAUAUUUGAAGAAAAAUACAAUCGUAUAAUAUAUAUUGCAAUAUUAUAACAACAUUCCUUUGAUGAAGAAUCCAUCUUCGAAUUAUAAAAAAAAAAAAAUAUAAUGGAAUGUUUUAGAGAUCUCGUUAUUACAGUAAUAUAAUGAAAAAUCUUUUAUUUAUGAUUUUUUAAAAAUCCUUUAUAGGUUAAAAUUUAAUUUUAAUCAUUCAGAGGUGUUUACUAUAAAUUUUCUACACUAUUUUUAUCUAUUUUAAGUUGAAAAUUAUGUAAAAAAGUAACAUGCGAUAAAUUCCAAUAAAUGUGGCUUUUAUUCUCGA